CGCCCAGUUCUGUUUGAACCGUCGACUUGAUCGGAUUAGCAGCCGGUUUACUGAGCGUGUGAGCGCAUGUGUGUGCCUCUGGAUUAGUUUCCGUUGCGGAAAAACGUUUGUUUACAGUGAGUGAUACGGAAGGUAGGUUUCGGCCUGACUCAUUCGAAUGGAAAAAUCUGAUCUGGGAAAUGACUUGUGAUAGUUCUGGUUAAUGAGCCGGAUGAUUCGAAAAAAAUCGGCUGCGGUCCGUAGUUCGAAGAGGAAAAAUUUCGAAAUUUAGUGUACGUGUGAACUGUGAACGGUUGUGAUCGCGGUCUGUCGUCUUCAGCUGUCGCAACACUGUGCGGAUUAACCGAGCCGAUCGGUGAAGAAACCAUUGAGGCUAAAUCCACUGGGAACCUAUAUAUGGAUUAAUUAAUCAUUAUUCACAAUGAAUAACAAUGAAAUCAAGACAUCUAUUAUUGACAUAGAAAAGGGACAGCCGGAAAAUGAAUCGAAGCAGCUCAACGUCUUGGCGACGUCACCACCGUCAGUAGCUGCAGCAACAGCGGCAUCAACACCAGCAGGGAAGGCUGGCCCCAGUUCACGCACAACCAGCGCAGGGGUCGGUUUGGUAGUUUUGUACGUGCUUCAGUUCGUCUGUUUGGGUGCGUUGAUCGCGGGUGUCGUCGUCAUCUGGUACUACAUGGGUUGGGAGUUUGGAUUACCGGCGCUCCUGAUCGCGCUGCUGGCCAUCCUUAUCGCCAGUGGCAAAUGGCGUUGGCUGUACAUCGCCGCGGUAACGGUGCCGCGUGAUUUUACAGCACUUACUCGGUACAUCAAGCUGCUACGAUUGGUGAAAAAAUGCUCCCGCGAGAAUGCCUCCGUAGCGGACAUCUUUGCAGAGUACGUCGCCAAGCAGCCGGACAAAGCGUGCUACAUUUUCGAAGGCAAAGAGUGGACCUUCAGGGAGAUCAGCGACUACUCCAAUCGGGUUGCGAAUGUGUUCCACACCCAUGGCUACAAGCACGGUGACGUGGUCGGUCUAUUGCUGGAAAACCGUCCCGAGUUUGUGGCAACCUGGCUGGGACUGUCGAAGUUGGGCGUCAUCAUUCCGCUGAUUAAUCACAACCUUCGCAAGAAUGCACUGAUUCACAGCAUAACCGUGGCCAAGUGCAAUGCUGUGCUGUACGGUGAAUCGCUUGCGGAGGCAGUAUCGGAAAUAAGCGAAAGCCUGCCAUCGUCCACGGCUUUGUAUCAAAUCAAUGACGCCCCCCAGCAGACAGUGCUACCUAACUCGAAAGAUAUGACCACACUGCUACAGUCAGCUUCCAAAGAACUUCCCACAACCGGGGUGAAGAAGCCUGACCACCACGAUCGACUAGUUUACAUAUAUACAUCCGGAACGACAGGUCUGCCAAAAGCUGCCGUCAUCACACAUGCCAGAUUCGUGUUCAUCACGGCAGCUAUACAUAUCGUAUCCGGAUUCCGUAGCGACGACAUAUUCUACACUCCGCUGCCGCUGUAUCACACCGCCGGCGGUAUGAUGAGUUGCGGCCAAGCGCUGCUGUUCGGAGCGACCGUCGUCAUCAGAAAGAAGUUCUCCGCGUCACAAUACUUUGUCGAUUGUCAGAAGUACAACUGCACCGUCGGUCAGUACAUCGGCGAAAUGUGUCGCUAUAUCCUGGCAACUCCGCCAUCGGCCGCCGACAAGGCGCACAAAAUAAGGCUGAUGUUCGGAAAUGGACUACGACCGCAGAUUUGGUCGCAAUUCGUCGAACGAUUCAACAUUCCCCGGGUUGCCGAGUUUUACGGAGCUACCGAAGGCAAUGCUAAUAUUGUUAAUAUCGACAACACUCCGGGAGCGAUCGGCUUCGUGUCCCGUAUUAUUCCGUCCGUCUAUCCGAUCUCUAUAAUACGAGCGGAUCCGGCUACUGGUGAACCAAUCCGUGGUAAAGACGGAUUAUGUCAGCUAUGCAAACCAAACGAGCCAGGAGUCUUUAUCGGUAAGAUCAUAGCCAACAACCCAAGCCGGGCGUUUUUGGGUUACGUGGAUAAAUCCGCUUCGGAGAAGAAAAUUGUGCGCGACAUCUUUCGCAAGGGUGACUCAGCGUUUCUUUCCGGAGAUUUGCUGUCAGCUGACGAACGGGGUAAUCUGUUCUUCAAGGAUCGCACAGGUGACACCUACCGUUGGAAGGGAGAGAACGUUUCUACCAGCGAGGUAGAAGCGGAAGUAAGCAACGCGGCUGGCUAUCGAGAUACCGUUGUAUAUGGUGUGGAGGUACCGAACGUGGAAGGUCGGGCAGGAAUGGCAGCCAUUCUGGACCCCGAACGUCAAGUUGACUUGCUCAAAUUGGCGCAAACGUUGAAAGAAACUCUCCCCUCAUACGCUAGGCCAUUGUUCGUUCGUCUACUAACCAAGGUGGACAUGACGGGAACGUUUAAGCUGAAAAAAUUAGAUCUCCAGAAGGAGGAAUUCGAUCCAAAUGUUAUUGAUGAUGCACUCUUCUAUCUGACACCCAAUGGAACCUACGAAAGUCUGACAAAGGAGGUCUUCGAACAGAUCAAACGGAAUGAAGUUCGAUUCUAAAGUUACCCGGUUCCUGGUUUUUUUUCUGUUCUUAUCCCGGUCACACCCCAACCUGCCAAUCGCAACACUUUUCCAAUUGUAAGUUUGUUUUUGCUUUGUUUUUGUUUCAUCAGAACAACCAGGGCCGGAUUUACGAUUGUGGGGGCCCGGGGCCCAGUUAUAGUGGGGGCCCUCAAAAUAAAACAAAACCUUUUUUUAUCGUACGAGUUAAAAACAUUUAUUUGCUAUUGAAAAGUUACCAAACAUUUGAUAGAAUUUUUUCUUACGAGUUUUUUUGCAGAAAACUUAUUGAUUAAAUAAUCAACAUUCAACUCCUUCAGUAUACUCGUACUCGGAACUUAAUAAUGCUAAGUUUGACUGCCUUGCAUUCUUCACAGUCGUACGCAACCUAUUUUUAAUAAGUUUCAUCUUCGAAUUUUUUUUCCUUGGUACCUGAAAAAAAAAACCACCGCAAAUUUGAAAAAAUUGCGAUCCACAGGCAAAAAUUUGCACACAAUUUGAGAAAGACUGCGCAAAUAUAAGACGACUUUGAAAAUAAUCUCCAGAAACUAGGAAAAAACUACACACAUCAUAAAAUCUGCACACGAACUCAGAAAAUCUGCAUUUUGCAAAGCACAUCUGGUAUCCCUGAUUCGGACAAGUUAGCAAAUGCAAUGUAUUGAAAAAACUUGUGGCUUAUUUUCUUUCUCUGAUUUACCUCCCAUGCGCGCUGGUUUGAUUCAAAUGGUGUGUUUAUGUGUGUCAUUCCAAGAGAAUCCAAGGUGAACUCUUAUGGAUGCAGUUGUGAUAUUGGCGCUCGCGAAAAAAUAACACUGAAGAAAAGUGUCAGAUUGAAAUGGUCUGUUCAAAUUUUCGUACUGUAAAUCGAACUUUUGAUUGAAUCUCAUUUUUUUAAGUGAGAAAAAUCUUUUUCUCGAUUUGUGGGGGCCCCAAAAAUGUGGGGGCCCGGGGCCCCCUGGGCCCUCCCAUAAAUCCGGCUCUGAGAACAACUGUGAUAUUGAGUGAAAGUGAGCGACGCAGGCUGUCUGCGUUCGCCAAAAAGAGACAAGUUUGGCGUCCCGAUUCUGUUUGUUCCAGCGACCCAAACCGUUGUAAAAGUAUAGGCACCCUAAGCAAGCAUAUGGUUAAAUGAAAUUACGACUAGUGACAGGGUUUGUUGUUUAACUGCUUCCUUCUACUUCUUGAUAGGCCUUAUGCCGCUGAACUGAAAAACUUCUGCGUCGAAUUUAUCUUGCUCUCGUUGGCAAAAAUAUGCGGUAGCUGAAAAAAUUGAACCAUUCCAAAACACUGUUACUCUUACCGAUGUAUACUCGGACUAUCGAAGCGUAAACAUUCUUCGCUAAACAUUCCGGCAAACAGCAGGUCUAGAACUAAUGAACAAAGGGCACGCUUUGUGAGAUGAUAAUUGUCUGCGUUAUUUGAGAGUUGAAACCAGAAAUAUUUACAUCCAAAGAAGGUCUUUCGCGAAGGUUGAUGAUCAACAAGACAGAAUUGUCAACUUUUUCAAUAAUAUCCUAAACUAACGAGAAAGAGACCAGAUAGCGGCGCGAGGUGAAAGAAAGUUUUUUUUAUUAUUACAUGUAUUUUUUAUUGUAAAUAUUCCUAAGGACAUGCUGGAAAGGGACCGAAUUACUUACUAUAGCAAAUGAUUUUUACACACACGCAUACACACAAUUAUUAAGUGUUUAACAAUUUGUGACUAGACUAGAUAGUGUUGCAUUUAAGUUGAGAACACAAAAUAGGAAAUUCAGAACGAGUCAGGCAUAGAUUGAGAAAAUAAAGUUAUUAUUACUCUAUUACUAUACAA